CUCUGUCCUCUACACACAAGCUGAAUAACAUGACAGAACAAAGUCAUGCUGGUGGUCCAUCAGAAGCUGCCUUGGCAAAGUCCUUGCCUUCAUUGCCUGCUACAGAAGCUGGGUUUCCAGUCCUUAACAGUGGUCAGGGCAAACCUGCUUCACUUAUAAAUGGUGUGAGUACCCUAAACCAGACGGGGACAGCCCCUGCUACUGAUUCUGCUGAAGAAACUUCUGAACGUAAGAGCCAAACUGUCAACACAACUGCUGCUGCACCACCCAAGAUGUCAUGGGCCAAUCUCUUCAAAGGUACCUCUUCCAGCUCACCGUCAGUUGUAGUCUAUAAAGAUGAUACAGAAAAAUCUGUUCCUGUUGUCAGUCAGUCAGUACCUACACCACCUGUUACAAUGUCAGCUUCUUCAGAGGUGGUGUCUGUUGACAAUGACUCUGUGGCAACAAAGCUUGGAGAAUAUUUGUCAACGGUGAGCUUAGUUCAUGCGUCAGUUGCCCUUCAACCCCGAGGACUGGUGAAUAAGGCCAAUUGGUGUUAUGUUAAUGCAACCUUGCAGGCUUUGGUGGCAUGCCCUCCUUUUUACCACUUGUUCAAAAAUUUGGCCGAACUUCCCCUUUCACGCAGUGCAAGUUCUACACCAAUACUGGACAGCUUAGUUCAGUUCACCAGCGAAUUCCACAAACAAGAGCGGCAAGAUCGAAGUAAUGUACGACGUGGAAAACAUGUUGAGCUUGUACCUGGGCCUAUAUUUGAACCAGAAUAUGUUUACAAAAUGCUACAACACACCAAAGUACCUUCUUCAUUUAAGCAUGGCCUUCAGGAAGAUGCAGAAGAGUUUCUUAGCUGUGUCCUUGAUGGUUUACACGAGGAAAUGUUGGCUGCUAUCAGACAUGCCACAGGAGGGGAGAAUGGAGCUAGCCCAACAAAUGGCUACCCAAUCGCUUCAAACCCUUCUGAUAAUAAUGCUGACACCACUGAUGAUGUUGGUUCUAUGGAUGAAGAUGAGUGGCAGGAAGUCGGUCCGAAAAAUCGUGGUGCGCACACACGAAAAACGUCCAUGAUUGCCAAAACACCCAUUGCGAAGAUGUUUUCUGGGCUUAUUCGUUCGGCCAUCAUGCAGGCAUCUUCCAAAGAGCGAGCCACUCUCCAGCCCUUCUUUACCCUUCAGCUGGACAUACAGGGGGAGAAAGUGAACUCGGUGAGAGAAGCACUUGAGCAUUUUGUCAGCAAGGAGUCUAUUCAGGGUUUUACUUGCAGCAAGACGGGUGAAGAGGUGGAGGUGGUUAAGAGGAUAACUUUGGAAGAACUUCCUCCAGUCUUGAUCCUUCACCUCAAGUGUUUUGUGUAUGACCAAACUGGAGGCUGCCAAAAACUCAUUAAAAACAUCAAGUUUGAUGUUGACCUGAACAUCACUAAAGAUCUUCUUUCAGCUACUGGUAGGUCAAAACUUCAGCAAGCUCAGCGAGUUUACAAGCUGUUUGCAGUUGUUUUCCACCAUGGGAAGAAGGCCACAGGAGGACACUACACUACUGAUGUUUUUCAUCCUGGUAUCAAUGGAUGGGUUCAUAUGGAUGACAGCCGGAUUUUGCCUGUGCAGGAGAUUGACGUUCUAAACUAUCAUCCACCUAAAAUGCCGUAUCUGUUAUACUAUAGGCGGCGUGAUCUUGCCACUUCUAGCUGAGUUUAUCUGGUUGCAACUUGCGACCAUUAGUAAUGACUGUUGCCUUGAAUAUUUUACACAUGUAGCAGGCAGGGUAAUAAGGAGUGGAAGAAAACUUUGCCUCCCCUCUCUUUUUUCCUAUUUUUGAAAUUUUGUCACUGAGAGAGCUGUGGACUGUUUUGAUUUUGUAUUUGCCUUUGUGUUUUUGUCAUUGGCAUUGAAACAAUCUGUAGCUAGACAUUUGUGGAAAACAGUUUUUUUUUUUUCAUUUUGCUUUUUUUUUUUUUGGUCUUAGCCUCAGAACAGAUGACAAGCAUUAAACGGGUAGAGUUUAUCCAUAUCACACCAGUCACUAUGUAGCACUUUAUAUGUAAAGCUUUGAUUAAAUGUUACCUAAAGUGUUUGUAUGUCAUGCCUGUGCAGCUAAUCAGAAAGAUUUUGUUUCUCUCACUUUCACUUCUGUAUGUAAAAGAGCUAAGAAAAAAAAGUUAUAAAAAUUUUACCUUGUUUUUUUCCAUAUUACAAAAUAAUUUUUUUUCUGCUCACAUUUACUUGGCAGAACUGCAAAUACAAGCAAUACUUUCAUUUAAAAAUUUUUAAUGCAUUAUGUUGGAAGGUUUAGGCAUUUAUGUGGUAAUGUGCGAAAUUCGUAAACUGAAAUUUAGGUUUUUUUGGUUGGCUGGACUCAGGCCAUUUAAAUGGUGACUUUAUGGCUUUUCAUCCAUUUAGAAGAACAUUCAGCUGUUGAUGGUGUUAAUAGUUAUUUACUUCGGAAGAUUAAGAUUUAUCAAUAUGAAUACCAGCAUUUUUGGUUUGAUUCUUCUUUGACUAUUACUGAAAUAUUUGAAAUAAGAGAAUCAAACCUGUUUUAAAUUCUGGAAACCGUACAGUGUGCCUUCAAAUUUUAAAUGAUCAUUGUCUUGUGAUCUGUCUUGAUGGUAAAAAUGAUGAAAACUCACAACUCAUUUAGAAAAUAUGAACUUUGAGUUAGUCUUUUUAAAAGUUUAAAACACAGUGAUGGAUAAUGUUCACUGUAUGUUCUUAAGGAAAAAUAUGUUGGUGUUGUGAUAUUGUCGGCUUUUUUUUUUUGGGUGGGGAGAGAUCAUUUGUAUGUUUAAUUUAUAGUUUUGUGUCCCUUUAAUACUUUAGUUAAUACUUUUUUUUUAAAAACUAUUAUAUCUUUAUAAUCCACUGGUUUUAUUUAGCUAGUACUGGAAAAUGUUUGCAUUUGCAGUAAAGUCAGCAUGCUUACACUUCUUUCUUUACGUGUACAUGGUGGUAGGAUUUUAAAAUUUCUUCACAAUUAACAGAAUAAAUGUACAGAAAGAUUUAUGGAUGAGUUUUUCAGAAAUCUGAAUGAAACACAUAGUACAGAAAACUGUCCAAUGUUUUUGUCAUGCAUUUUGUGGUUUACAUUGUAUAUUAUUAUGUGGUUUAUGCACUUUAAUAUUUCUUGAAAGAACGUUGAAGUUAAUUUUUACCCUCAAAAUCUCAUGUGCUAUGUCCACCCUUCAGUGUUUAGACUGGCAUUCACCCUUUGUAUUGGGGAUAUUGUACAUAUGAUUUGAACAUUGUGCUUUUGUUGCCAGUCAAGAUUUUGAUAACCGUCACGUCUUGGGAGACAGGAUGCGGGCAGAAUAAAGCUAUAGAUCUUAAGCAUCUUAUGACUGCUGAAGGACAAUUUUGCCACUUUAAAAAAUAAUAAAUUAGGUGAUAUUGCUGAAAGGGGAAAUAAGAAAUUGUAAAUGUGGAAAAGGCCCAUUCUGUAUAUGCAGGUAUAUUUGUGAGAGACUUGGGUGAUGUGAGUGCAUCCAUGCGAACAUAUAUGUGUGUAUACAUGCGUGCACAUGUUUAUGCAUUUGAUUUGACUCAGGACCUUUGCAGACAAUGGCUUUGUGUAUAAUAAAUGGUUUCAGAUUCUUACAUAAAAAGUAGAGCAAGCAAGAAGCUUCGUAGCUAAAGGUAUUUGGUUUUGGUUCCUGCUGUAAUUUUUUAGGAAGUUUUUUUUUAAAAGAGGAGAUAACUCCUCUACAUGUGCAAUCUGCUUGAAUGGCAGAAAUUUCUUCUGAUUUUUUUCAACCCAUAUUUAACAAAAUUUAAAAAAGUGGCUAGAUUCACCAUGAUCUGUAUCCCUUACAUCUUUUAUUGCUUUUUCUGUUGUUUUAAUGUCAUUUAUAGUUUUUCAGUAAAGGUUAUUUUAAGUAAUGCAUGCAAAAUUGCUGUAUAAAAUCAAGACAAAUAGCAAACGGAAUAUAAUACAGCAAAGAGCAGUGGUUAUUUUAAUGGCUGUGAAGAAAGUGUUUGCUUUUGGACAUUACUAUGACAUAAACUUGAUUAUUUUCUGUAUGGUACAAAUAAUAAAGUAAUAAAGUCCAGCUGUUGUUUUCUGGAUCAGUUUAGUGGUGUCUGGUAACUGAUUAACCUUGGUUUGUUGAAGACAUUGACUUGUGCAACUGGUAGGAAAUACUGUUAAAAUUUUUGUACAUAAUGCAUUUUAUGGUGACUAUUGCUUUUAACUAACAAUAUUUGCCUGUCAAUCAUCUGUAAGAGUCUAUUGUAAUGAAUGGAUGGAUGUAUGAAAAGAAAUGAAACACAAGUAAGUGUGCAGCUGACAAUAGACCUGUUUCUGAAAUAUAGUGCUGCUUGUAUUUUGUGGCCAUUUUUCAUACAGUUCAAAAUUAUACAUCCUUUAGUCAACAAAAUGCCAGAUGAUUUCUUUUUUCUGUUCUUGGUUACCUUGCUAUAAGAUAGUUAAGGGAGAACUGAAAAAUGCAUGCUUAAAGACGCUUUUAAUUUUAGUUUGAAUGCAGGCUUUUUCUCAUAUGAUGUUAAACUCAACUAGUUUAUUAAAGAAUGUACAUUGUUCCAUGUAAGGAAUAUAAAAUUGUUUUUUAGGUAAGUUGCUGCUUGCUGAUCAUGUGUAAUCCAUUAUUUUCAUAUCCCAGCAGGUGCAGAUUGCCAGUUGUACAUUUAGACUUUUAGAUGAAUGAUUUUAUGCUGUUGACUUGAGUGGGAUCUUGUUUUUACAGCAGUUCUAAACACAAAAGCCCACAUGAUUCCCUGUAAAACUUCAUUGUUUAAAAUUAAAAUGUCAAAUUCCAGCUUGCAAUUUAUAAGAAUUUUUAAUGAGAAAGAAAAGAUGUUUGAGAUGAAUGAAUAUUUGUGAAAAUGAUUUCUGUUAUAUAUGUCUGAAGUUUAUCAAUGCCUUUUGACUGUUGACCUUGAGACUGUUACUCAAAAAGAAUUAUUCUAAUUACUGUUUCAAGGUAGGAAGACUUAAUACUCUGAAUAGGAAAUGGUGUUCUAAAAAAGAGUUAGCCGGCUUGAAAAGCAGACUUAAGGUUAAACGGAAUGUGCAUGUGAGAGUACAAAUAAAUUUUAGUUUGGUUUUGUGGAUUUUGUUUUUCAUGAUCAGGUAAAGUACAGUUAUUUGGAAACUAAAGUAGAAAAUUGUAAAUCAUACAAAUCAGGCUGUAAAUCUGGUUUUUGUAAAACUAAUCAAAAUAAAUCAGAAUUAUGA